UGUUGUUCCCGACUAAGACAAGGAUACGGGCCGAGAUAUCGAGACGCAAGCCCACAGGCCCUGCCAAAGCUCUCACGGCGUCCUUGUAUGAGGCCUUUUCCCUCCUCCCUCAGCUUCCAUGACACGCCGCUGGCGCGGCAAGCGUCCUCGUUACACGUAUUUCAAGAAUCUUGCACCCACCACCAAGCCUUGCUAUCUCGAGUUAGUUCCGGUUGAAUUGUGGCGUAUAAUCUUCUCCUUCAGCCUACCGACAACACUGUUUUCCCUUCGAGAUACCUGCCGCACAUUUCGCUGCAUUAUCGACGAUAAUGAUGGGGCGCUGCUAGCCUCUGCGCCACUUCUGCUUCCCAGACCUCCACCCAAUCCCCGUUCCCAGCUACGCCUCUCAAAGCAUCGCCUCGAACGUCAGGCGCUAGCCGACUUCUUUGGCAUCACUGGGCCGGAAAAGCGUGGACUUUAUGGGAGCGCUACGUAUACCGAGCUCUUGUUUCGCCCAAGGCGAUGCCGCGUAUGCUCGUCUUGGGCGCCUAGCCCUCCCGUAUGGCUCGAAAGCAAGGUAUAUUUAUGCUCGGCUAGGUGUAAAUUUCGGUUCUUCCGGGCCAAGGAUACCGAAGUUCGAUUUCUGCUACCUCAACGGCGGUAUCUGCCAAAGGACGCGCGACCAACCAUAGACCAAUACCUCGUGAAUUGGCUUCCAUCUGUCACUAUGAACAACCAUAAUCGGAGACUGAGAACGCACGGAAUACUCGCUCAAGACCUCGCACACGCGCGAGAGGAAUAUAUGGCCGAGACAGCACAGAUCACCACCGAAGACGAUCGGAAGCGUCACAAAGCAGCUCUAUUCGAGCGAUACCGUGCGCGCUAUCGCAAGUCCCGGGUGCUCUGCUCGUUCCAGUGCUAUCUCGAUCAGUGGCGCAGGGGUUGGGACACUGAUAUGAAGCUACUAAGGCGCAAGAAUGAGCGACGCCUUCGAAGGAUAGCGAAGAAGAAGUGCGUCAGCUCGGUGAUACACGAACCCUCCGUGAGGCGUCUGGUAGCCGCACGCACCCAUGGCCUUCGCCUUGUCUCGCGGUCGGUGCUGGCGCAUGCUGGGGCGCUGAGACCAAAAGCAAAGAGGCGGCAAUGCGAGCACUGCGGAGUCUCCGUGUCCUCGCGCUGGUAUGACAUGCACGUUGCUAGCCACCACCCCGGACUUCUUCCCCAGAGCCGCCUCGAUCUGGAUAUAGGAAGGGCAGAAUACCGCUGCGAGCUCUGCGCGGAACUCCCCGUGAAAUGGUUUUCUGUCGGCGCUCUGUAAUCACAUCAAUACCAUAAGCACAAUAUGCGCGACUCUGAAGAGAACGAAUGGCGAGGGAUAGUCAUCUAAUUCUACGUAGAGGAAGCUGCGGCUCCGUCGGCUCUUAUAACCACCAGAACCUGCACGGCAUCGGGCUCACCAAUAGAUUACACAAAUAGCCAAGGAAACGACCCUCUGAGGGUCUUUGAGAGCA